UUACCAAAAUAUUUCAAGAUUGUAUAAAAUUAUUUUUUAAUUAAGAAAGAAAAAAAAAAAGCUUAGCCAUUUAAGCCCAUUCAUCCCGUUCAGCCUCACCACCACUCACUCAGCAGUGACCGGUCGGUUAUAUUAUCCUCUCUCUCUCUCUCUCUCUAACAGUAACAAAGUUCCGAACCCGAACCCGAACCGGCAUGGAUCUAUACGAUCCGAACUGGUUCCCGAACCGAAAACCCACCGCCACAGAGCGCUUCCUCGGCGUGCCUUCUGACGCGCCGUCGCUCCUUCAAAACCCCACCGCCGCAGCCGACGAGCUUCACGAGGACGACGUCGUUUUUUUCAGCACCGAUUACUUCGCUGAACCAAACCACCACAACUCCUCCUCCUCCUCCUCCUCCUCCUCCUCCUUGUCCUCCACCCCCAACCACCACCACCACCAUUCCUUCGGCAUCCUCGCCGCACUCCCCGAAAACGAAACCUCCCCGAACCUCCGAAGCGUUUCGCAGUUCUUCCACAAGGCUUCAUACUCCUCUUCCUCUUCAUCCUCGUCGCGCUUGAUUCCCGUCAUCCCGAGGCCUCCGCCGCACGACCGAAUCUCGGCGUUGUCGUCGUCCUCCUCCUCCUCCGUCAAGUACCACCAGUCGGCGCCGGUGAACGUCCCGAUCCUUUCGGAGGCGAUGAUGAAGGCGCGGAGGAGGCACCACGAAUUCGACGAAGUCCACGACGGCGAAGACGAGGAGGAGGAGGAGGAGGAGGAGAUGCUGCCUCCGCACGAAAUCGUGGCAAGGAACUCGGCGCAGUCGCCGAUGCUGGCUUGCUCGGUUCUAGAAGGGGUGGGAAGAACCCUGAAAGGUAGGGACUUGCGCCAGGUUCGGAAUGCAGUUUUGCGCCAAACAGGUUUCCUUGAUUGAUUCAAAGACCCGGAUUAGGGUUUCAUUUUCCCCUUUCCUCAAUUCAAUUGUCUGAGCCUGAUUUUGUCUUGUACUCUGGAUUUUUUUUUUAAUUAGAGCUCAUUCGCUUAUCUAUCGUAAUUCGUAGGCUUCAACCACUUUCUAAUUUUCAAUUAUUGCAAAUGUGAAUUUUAUUUUAUUUUUUCUAGUUUAGGGGCCUUUUAACUCUGAAAUAUGCUCUUAUAAAGAACUAGUUAACAAUGGCGGAAUGUAGAGAGAAAAUCCCUUUCAGUUUGUUCACUUAUUGAUGAACGAGAGAAUCACUUCUUUUGCAAUGUAUUGCUGAGUCUGGAAUUGUAGCAUGUGCUCUCUAGAACGAGUUCUAUUAGAAUGGGGAUUAAUAUAUUGCUGAUGAUUUGUGGAGUUUAUAUAAAUGAACUAUCUGAUCACUGACUAUGACUUCUAGGAUGAUUUAUUUGUGGGAUGCAUCGUUCUUGAGGUUGAGGAUAGUUUAUUUUUAUGCUUAAAAGAGAUGACAAUGGAAACUCCCAUUGGAUCCAUAUGUUAUUUGAUACGUGUCUCUGUCAUCCUCUGUUGUGGUCUAAUCAGCUCCUUUUUUGGUUAAUAAAAGAAUAGUUACUACCUUAGCCCGUAGCACGAUUUUGGAUACUUGUUAUCAUAAACAGAUUGGUCAGGUUCUUGAUUACCUGCUGUUGUUUGUCCCACAACAAACAGAGAAGGUAUCUAUCUAGUAAAAUUGGGAUAUGGUGGUCCUUUAUGGUCUUGUUUCUAGGUUAUUUAUGAUAGUGAUAUCUUUUUCUUUUUCUAUUUAUUUUAGUCAAUAAUCUUACAGACUAGAAAGAAGUGGACCUGGAGCUAUUUUACUCUUGAUUAUGUAGGUAAGGAACUGGCAGCAAACCUAAACCCUUAAGGCUUCCAUUUUGUGCUUAGGAAUGAAAAAGGAUUUUUCCCUCCACUAUUUCUUUCUAUUUUACUUGAAUAUACUUCGACAUAACAAAUUAAAAACGGAUGGCCUAGAGUCAGGUCAACUGUGAGAAGAGUCUUCUUUUCUAUGGCUUUUUAAAUGAAGUUGUUUAUGAAGGAUAUUGUUGGAAGUAUUCUACCACCUAUAAGUCUGAUUUCAAUUCAUAUGCUUUAGUUUUAUCUGUCGGCCUUUGAGUGAGUCAUAUUGCUGAUAAUUUGAUACUCUGUUCUUUGUAAUCUUUUAAUUUUCUAUUCUAACAAUGAGCAUAUGUAUUGCGUGUGGAUAAUUUGGAAAGAAAUAAGUUUUUCUCAGCUCAUGAUGGAACUCUUUUAAAGUUUCUAGACGAGGUGAUGGCUGAUGAGUCUAGAUAGAAAUAAAGUGCAAAUCCCUCUUAUAUCUUCUGGUAUAAAAAUGCUUGCAGGUUGGAAACUCAAUUUUUACAGACUAAAAGGUUUGGCUGUGUUCAAGAUAUAACAGACUUAGUUGCUAAGAUUUUUGCUGUAAUUGAUUAUCGGCAUUUUUUGUAUGUGUUCAACAAAACCUUAAGCCGCAUGCGGUUAGUCUUCCCAAU